AAAAUUGUUUUACUAUUUUUUAUAUUUAAAAGUUAAAGGUACAUGUACAAUUAUCUAUUGUAUAUUUUUUAUUUUAUUUCGAGUAAAAUAUUUUUCACAAAUAAAGGAAAAUGUUAAAUAUGUACAUAUAUAUAUUUAUUUUACCAAUACUUAUUUUUGUAUUUAAAAUAACCAACUGUUUAAAAAAAAAUGAAUGCAUAUUAAAAUUUUAUUUUACAAAUUUUGUAUUUGAAUAUUUAUAUAUUUAUAAUUAUCAAUUUUAAGAAGUUAAAUCCACAUGUAAACAUUUCCGUCUCAUUUAUAUUGAAAUAAAAUGUACUAUACCAAAUUAACAUUUUUUUUUUUUAAAUAUUAAAAAAAUGUGUCCCAAUAGUUUAUUUUACUAAUACGUUUUAUGAUUUAAAUCGUUUCCCAAAAAUACUUUGCCCACUUGUUUCUCGCAUAUGGCAAAGAACAUCCAUGGCACCCCAUUUUGCGCUGUUACCACCUUAGGGUUUCGUCUCUUGGCACCAGUCGACUCGUAAACUAGAUGCCCCUCUCCCGAACACCCCCCACCCCCACCCGACUAUACGAAAGGGGACACUGCUGUAAAUGAAUCCGAUGAGGCUCUGACUUUCUUGAACUGCGCUAGGAAUUAUAUCCAGGUUAUUAAAUAAAACCCAGAGUGCCAAUUACGAAUAAAGUAGAGGUUUGUUGUUGUUUAGGGGUCGGCGGUGGGUUAAUAGAAAGCCGUGCUGAAAGAGCGGGGAAAAAUAACCCGAGCCUCCACCUUCUCCCGAAAAUCCAUCUUUCUCCCCUCCCUCGUGCUCUCGCUCCCUCCUUUUUACCUCUUCCACUCACCGUAUAAAUAUCAGUGGAGGGCACGGAGAGAGAUCAUUGGAAGCGACCUGCUCACAAGGGAGACGACCAACAAAACCCAAGAAACUCAUCCCCUGAAAAGUCCAUUUAGGAUUUACUCAUCACUCCUCCAUCAUGUUCCUCCUGCUCUCCAUGUGCCUCUUGGGGCUCCUGGCCCCACGGGGUGACGCCCAGGACCGAGCCACCCUCUGGAGGGGCAACGACCGAAGCGGCCGAUGCCAGUACACCUUCGCCGUGGCCAGCCCCGCCGAGGCCAGCUGCCCCCAGGCCGGAGGCCCCGAGGUGGAGGGCGUCAAGGCCAGGCUCUCCCUGCUGGAGGCGCUGGUAUCCAGGCUGACCGGCGGAGGAAGGGAGGCCCGCCCCUCCGCGGCGGACUCGGGGGCCGAGCUCCGGGAGGCGCUGAACCAGGCGGUGGACGAGAGGAACCUGCUGCAGGGGGAGAAGGAGCGCCUGGAGAGGGAGCUGGGGGCGCUUCAGAGACGCCUGGAGGAGAUGCUGAGGGAGACGGAGAGACUGAGGAGCAGACCGUGCCCCCCGCAGACCCCGGCCGUGCCGGACGGCGGUCUGAUGAGACCUGCUGCAGGAUCGAGCCCCAUGUCCCACCUGAUGGCGCGUCCCAACGGGCAGGGCGACAGGAGCAGUUUAAGAGACUCUGCGUGGCAGCAGGGCUUCCAGGAACUCAAAGCGGAGGUGACCGAAGUUCCGGCUCCUGAAGAAUACACAGGUUGCGGCGUGCUGGUGUCCGUGUCCGAGCCCGUCGCUCACAGGAAGGCCGACGGCAUCGCGGGCAAGUACGGCGUCUGGAUGCGGGACCCCGAGGCCGUGGCCCCGUACGGGCCCGACAUGGUGUGGCGCAUCGACACCGUCGGCUCUGACAUCAGGCAGAUGUUUGGAUACGAAGACACGGAGCAGCUCUCCAAGGGCUUCCCCACCAAGGUGGUGUUGCUACCGGAGCCCGUGGAGGGCACGGGCGCCGUCCUGUACCGAGGCUCCCUGUACUACCAGCGGCGCCGCAGCCGCACCCUGAUCCGCUUCGACCUGGCGUCGGAGAGUGUGGCGGCGCGGCGCGACCUCCCGCACGCCGGCUUCCAUGGCCAGUUCCCGUAUUCGUGGGGCGGCUACACCGACAUCGACCUGGCGGUGGACGAGCGCGGGCUGUGGGCCGUCUACUCCACCAGCGAGGCCAAGGGCGCCGUGGUGCUGUCCCGGCUGGACCCGCACGACCUGCGGGUGACCAAGAGCUGGGAGACCAACAUCCGCAAGAACGCCGUGGCCAACGCGUUUGUCAUCUGCGGCCGCCUCUACACCGUUGCCAGCUACGCAGCGGCCAACACCACCGUCAACUACGUGUACGACACGGAGAGCGGCCGCGGUCGCGCCCUGGCUGUGCCCUUCCGGAACAAGUAUCGCUACAACAGUAUGAUUGACUACAACCCAACGCAAAAGAAGCUCUUUGCGUGGGACAACUUCCACAUGGUCUCGUACGACGUGCGGCUGGGGCGCCCGGUGCCCGCAGCCUAAGAGAAGUGACUUUGGCUUCACCCGCUCCCGCUUCAAAGACUCAGUUUUUUGUCAAGCCUGGCUAAAAGGCCACAGAAGGCCACUACAUUGUUUUUUAAAUAUAUGUUGUAAUUCAACUUUGACCUUUUAACUUUGGAUUGUUGCGUUUUCAGUAAUAAGUGGUACGUGUUUAAUAUUGGGAUUUUUUUUUAUUUUACAUUUACGUGAUUUAAAAAUGUGAAAUUUCCAAAUAAAAAGUUAAAGUAAGUAAAAAAAGAAAAAAAGUACAAAUUAAGUAAAAGACAAAACAUUUCAGUUGUUUUACAGUUUUACUUAACAUGUUUUCAAUUUUAAAAUUUACAUGAUUUGACCAGGUUCUACUUCCUUCAAGUGGAAAACAUAAAAACAUAAAACAUUUGGUAAAAAUGUAAACAUUGAUAAAAAAUUCUUAUGUAAAUUUCUUUUAUUUUUUUUAUUUUGUUAAAUUUUGUUUUUAUUUAAUGUUCUUACUUGACUUUUUUACCCAAGUUUUGCAUUACAUUUACAUUUUUAAAUAAAGGGGGGGGGGGGAAUCAUAUACAUUUUUAAUAUUAAAGGGGUGCUUGCAGUUUUAAAAUCGCUAGCAAGAUUUGAACGUAGCCUCACUUCACCAAUGCACGGCAAAUGAUUGACACCUUGUCCGUCACGGCUUCUUUCUCUGAUAGGCGGUUCUUUCUCAGGCGUGGUGGUUUCUUAAAAAUAAAAAUAAAAUGCAAUGGAAAAAUCGUUAAGUAAAAAUGUUUGUUUUAACUUAGUCACAUUUUUAAGUAAAACUCCUAUUAAUAAUUUAUGUUUUACAUUUUUCACCUGUUUAAAACUACAUUUAUACUUAAAAAAAAAAUGUUUUAAUUCAGUGUUUUACAUUUUUACAUUUGACCAGGCUCUACUUCCACCACGCAUCAGAAAAGAAUGAAGUAUAAACAUGACACAUUAAGUAAAAAGUCUUCAUUUUAAUAGGAAAUAUUUUACUUAAUUUUACAUUGUUUACUUAGUUGUUACUGACUGUAUCAUGUUUUUACGUGUUAAUGUUCAUGGUUUUUGUCGUAUAUAUUUUUUUACAUGGCGUUUUAAAAUAAAAUGAAAGUUUAAAAUUUGAAUAAAGUACAACCUGAUUCAAUCAUGAAAUGAAAUAGAAAAAUAAAACUUAACAAAUUUAAGAAAAAACAACUUUUAAAAUGUCAAGUUAAAAGGGUAAAAGUUCGUAUUAAGUUGUAACGCAUUAAAAAAAAAAAAUAUUGUAGGCGUGGCAAGCAAAGCACGCCAGGAUGCACGAAGAGGAAUUAUUUUUGUACCUGAUGUUUGUGAUUUUUUUUUUUUGUGUCCAUACCGCUACUUGGUACUUUUUACUAACUUUGUACACGUGUGACAUUGAGUACUACGUAAAGUACUGGCAUUCCCAGUGUCCUCCAUUCGCUUCGCCGUCAUUAUCGUACCUUUUUUUUCCCAGGAAACGGCUAUCUUCCGAUUGGCUACGAUGGCCUCGCGGUUUGAGGGCUUUGUGGCGCCACCUGCUGCUUUGGCGUGGACUUGACACGCAACUUCUCGCACAAAAUGAUUGAUUGACACGUGUGCGAGUGUACAAAUACUAAUUGUACUAAUGUAAUGUACAAUGUGUGAAUAGUUGACAUUAUGAUAUUGCAUGAACACUGUAGUCAGCUAAUGUACAUUGUUCAUCUUGAAAUAAAACGUUUAAAAUGACAUUGUGUGCUCGUUUUAGGCAAACGUGACUUUCAAGGCAUAUUUUUCUAGAAAUCUUUGGUUUAAAAUUCAAAUAGUGUGACUUAAGGCAUAUAUCAUUUAGUAAGUUUACGUUGUCUGACUUCAGGCAUAUUUUCCUCGAAAAUUUGGCCCAAAAAUUCAUUCU